GAAGUGGGUAGGCGUAUUUCUGCUGAUGGGUGGGUGUAACCUCCAGCAGAGCAAUCCCCACCCAAUGUCAAAAAUAUUUUGGUUUCGCGAAAAAAAAAAAGUUCGAUCUGUUUCGGGUAGCCUGAGUUUUCUCUAAUUUCAUCGCUUUGCGAAGGACGAAUCCCGAGCAUCUCCAUCGAUCGCAGCCAGCAGUAGUGGUAACGCGGGGGAGGUAAACAAAGCGAGAUAAAAUGGAUCCCAUAAUUGAUUGGCAAAUAUCGCGUCACGACAUCAAAUCCCGCGGCCAGUACCUGCUGGAAACGGGCAAGUGGGCCGAUUGCCAUUUCCUGGUCGGACAGGAACCGAACCACCAGAUGCUGGCCGGCCACAAGCUGAUUCUGGCAAUGGCUUCGCCCGUGUUCGAAGCCAUGUUCUACGGAGGGCUGGCGGAGAAGAACGAUCCGAUCCCGAUACUGGACAUCGAUCCGUCGGCGUUCAAAUCGUUGUUGGAGUAUAUCUACACGGAUAAAAUCAGCAUCAAUUCGGUAGACCGAGCUUGCGAGUUGUGCUAUGGUGCUAAAAAGUACAUGCUUCCUCACGUUGUCGAGCAGUGCAUAACGUUUCUGUGGUCGGAUCUUUGCCCCAAGAACGUCUGCCGAGCCUAUGAGUUUGCCAAGUUGUUCGAAGAGCCACGUUUGAUGGAAAAGUGCUUGCAAAUAAUGUGCACCAAAACGAUCGACGUAGUUCAGGACUCGAGUUUCGAAGAUGUCGAACUCAGCACGAUCAUUACGAUCCUUGAUCAGGACGUUUUGAACAUCGACUCUGAGUUAAACCUAUUCUGGGCGAUCAAUAAGUAUGCCGAAAAGCAUGGGCUAUGUGCAAGCCGCAAUCCGGAAAGUCAGUCGAAUAACGACCAAGAUCCGGUAGACUCGCCGCAAUCCCCUCCUACGGUGGACGUUGAAGCAGGUCCUUCAAAUGCCCAACGCGCUGGAGGAAACCCCAAUGUUCCUUUGGGAAACGACCAACAAGUAGCUCCAAUUCCUCUGGUGAACACAAACCGACAGCAAGAGUUGCCCACAAUUCGAGAUGCCAUACGUCGAAUUCGGUUCCUGUCGCUGAAUCCGCAGCAAUUUGCCGAAGGACCAGCAAGAACUAAUCUUCUGACCCAGUCGGAAGCAUUUGCCAUCCUGAUGAACAUCUCAACGUCCAACAGUUGCUAUCCGAUGCCCGAGGGCUUCACCACCAACAAGAAUCCAAGGAACGCAUUUUCCGAUUCUACACCAUCUAGCCCAAUGGCCGGACCGAGUGGAAACGUUCCCCCCAUGGGUCACCGUCCCGGAACUGGAGCUGGUCCGAGUGGAUUGUUCACUCAGCAUGUUCCUCCGCCGCAACCGGCUCCAUUGCCGUCCCAAACAGUUCCUGCUCCAGCUCCCGCUCCAGUUCCAGCAGGACACCCGGGCAGCCCACAAAGUCCAGAAUUUUAUCCAGCAGAUUAUUUGGAUGAGCUGCGCACCAAUGACUCCAAUUACGAUCGGAAAUACUAUUGCCGACGGAUCAUGCGCCAGCAAACGGAAUGCCUGAAUACUUCCGUUCUGGAUUGCUCUUUGACCUUCAUCGUGGACCGAUCGGUAUGCAUCACGGGAAUCGAAGUUCCCACUCAGGUCCAGGGCUCUUCCAUCGUGGGAAACGAUCGCUACUCGGAGCUGCUGUACGCCCACCUUCUGGAUGCCCACGGAUCGCGCCUGACCUACACACAUUGCAACCAGCGGGUCCAGUACAACUCGAUGCUGGAGAUCGCCUUCGAUCGUCCAGUAUUCAUCCAGCGGCACAAGAUGUACAAGAUCGGGGUCGUGUUCAACAAGGUCGGAUGGUACCCGGUCAGUCAGUCCGUGGCCAAGGUCAACUGUGACAAUGUUUGCUUCACGUUCUGCGUCGGGUCGCAGUCGGAAUCGGUCCGCGAUGGGCUGAUUCGAACCAUCGUAUUCACCUACACGCGAGAUGGAAUUGCAUAUCCGUAAAGGGAUGGAAGUAUCUAUUUUUAACAUUAGUAAACUACUUACCGUCGUCGUAUAUUCAUAGAGUGAACAUCCACAUUAUAACAGAACACUAUAUGAAUCAAUCUCAACUAUAUGUAUUGUUAAUCACAUAUUCCUUACAUUUAUUUUCAAACCCUGCUAGGAAAUUUCAUGAAAAUGUGAAAAAGGUCAUUGGUAACCUACUGUCUUUCACCUGAUUUUUCUUAGCCAUUUCUCGAUAAGAUGGAAAGCUUUUUAUGGUAAUGAGUAUUAGACUAAACAGAGCAUAAUGCUAAGCAUCUUCCCUACGGCAGUAAAGGCUGUUCUUAUUGUUUAAGACAAUUAUUCACCUAUUUGAAGCUUUUGGGAUAAUCUGACAAAAGUAUUUCAGUUAAUUAUCCAAAAAGUUAUUCUUCUUCAUAUCUGCAUUACUUGAAAUCAGUUCUGGGCAACAUACAUACAUACUUAAACGUAGAUUUUGCAAUAAACUAUGAUCAUUAAUA